AUGGGCGCGGGUUCCACAAGUGAGUCGUCGUGUCUUCCUUGCCUUCCCCGUAGCCUGCCUUUCGCCGUCGUCACCAAUUCUCCUCCUGACAUCCCCUCUCUUUCUCCCAAGUCGCUUCAAACCCCUUCACCUCGGCUCCUUCUGGAGUCGCCCUGGAGGUUGACGAUCAACCCCCUCGAUUGUACGAGCACUUCCACUUCGAGCUGUCCGUCCGUCUCAUCGGAAGCUGACGACAGAUUCUCCGAUGUGCAGGAGUUCGAGAAGCCGAACGACCGUCGCGCGCUCGACCUCAUGAACCGCGCCGCCAAGGCCGUCAUGGACGAGUUUGAGGAGGUCGUGCUUGGUUUCGGCGAGAGUGAUGAGUUCUCCAAGAUCAACUCGGCCAUCUGCUCCGUGUUCACGUCCGCGUACGUGUUCUACUGGCCCGAGUACUUCCCGAACGACCGGCUGCGAUACCCCCCGACAUUCGACAGCCGCGUCGUGCUGUACCCUGGCGAGAAGGAGAUUCGGGACUACUUUGCCUGGCGACAGGCUGACACGCACAUCAACAACCUGUACAACACGUGCUUCUGGGCGCUCGUCAAGGCUGGUCGGACACCUAGGGAGGCGAACAAAGAGCUGCAGGGAACGAACUCGAAGGAUAAGAACGAGAUGCUCUUCUCCGAGUUUGGGAUCAACUACAACGACAUCGACCCGUUCUACCGCAAGGGCAGCGUGCUCGUGCGCAUUGACCCGAGUUCGCUGCCGAAGGCGAAGUGCGGUGUCGCCACGGCGACGGCUGACGCUGACUCUGAUGCCCCGAGUACGCCAGCAGACACAGAAGGUGGCGAAGGAGAAGCCGAACUCAGUGUCGAGGAAGCCCGGCGGCAACGCAAGCUUGAGAAGAAGGCCAAGAAGGCAGAGAAGUACGAGGGCAUGACUGGUCCAGUCGUGUACCUGAACGACGACAUCAUCAAGGACGCCUUCUGGAACGAGCGCCCGUGGCUUCUUGAGUAA